ACUGAAGUAUGUAAAAAUAAUUAAUGUCACUGUCAUGUCAUGCAUUUUUUCGCUUCUACGAUAUUAUUGUAUUGUUAUUGUUGUUAUAAUUAUAUUCCCAGUAAUCUAGACAAUGUCUCAAAAUGUUAAAAUUUUACCUGGUGCUACGGUUUGCGAAGACUGUACCCUGGAAGGCGAUAUAACUAUAGGUGGAGGAACAGUUAUCCACCCGAGAGUGACGAUUAUAGCUGAAGGUGGUCCCAUUAUCAUAGCUGAAUACUGCAUCAUCGAGGAAUAUUCCACUAUUAUUCAUAAGAAAUGUGAUAAGCAAGAAAACCCACCAAAACCUUUGUUCAUUGGUGCUCACAAUGUGUUUGAAGUCGGCUGCAAGGUGGAAUCUACAUUUGGGCAUAUUGGAGAAAGUAAUGUCUUUGAAUGUCGUUCCUUUGUGGGCACUGACAUCAAAAUAGGCAGUGGAUGUGUUAUAGGUGCUGCAUGCUGCUUAACUGCACCACAGACCUUGAUAGACAACACCAUAGUGUGGGGCUCUGAACAUCACAUCCGAGAAGCACUGGAGAAACAACCAUCACAACUUCUUCAACUGGACUUUCUUAGUAAAGUCAUGCCCAACUACCACAGACUGCGAAAACCCAAUGUCCACAAGCGGCAACCCUCAAGGCAAUCUCAAGAAUCUUCACCAAAACCUUAAAAACUGCUGUGUAAUAACUAAAAUGCAAAUGUUAUAAUUUAUUUAAUCAACUUUAUUAAACAAACUAACUAAUA